ACUUUUCAUAAAAUUAGUGCCGCAAUCACCUUAGUGUCAAACAGUGUAAAUAAUUAUUACUUUUUGUGUUUGUUAAUUGUGCAGUGGUUUAGAUGAUAUUAGUAUGAGUUAAUUUCAUUGCUUGAGAACGUAUGGAUGUUUUUUUUUCCGGCAUUUUAUGACGUUUUGGCUUACUAUUAGUGACAGUUUUGAGUUUGAUCUUGUAACAGUCUGCUGAGGAAAAAUUUGCAAUUGUUAUACCUGGAUUUUUGCUUUUUGGUGUAAAUAGUUUUUCGUGCUAAAGAUUUUCAUUACUUCACUCGGAGAAAAAAACAGCAGACAGACAUAUAUGACUUUGUAUUUUCUUGCUUGAUAUUCAAACCAUUGAAAUGGCUGUAAUUUGUUAAAAGUAAAAGAUUGAUCACAGAAAGUGAAUAGAAUAAUGGGGCAAGCUGAUAGCCAACCAAGUAAGCACGUUGUUGCGGCUACGGAGACAGUUCAGAUCCAGGAAGCAAAAUAUGUCAAAAAUAAUUCUCAGCUUUUGUCUGAAACGGAACAGAAGAAGUUGCUCAAAAAGAAGGGGAAAAAGAGUUGGAAGAAAACAAGAUUUCGAGAGGAAUGUGUGGUGAAUGAGGUGGAUGUUGGUCAGCCAUGUUUGGCCUGUGAAGACAAAUGCAGUGGCUUCAAACAGCAUGAAUGGAGGAGUACUUGUUCAGUUUGCCGUUGUCCUAGAGAGCUACAUGAUAUAUACAAUGAAAACUUUGUCAAUGUUCGGGACAGACUGGGCUGGCACAGGGAAGAUGAUCCACAGUCACAGUCAACAAAAGAACAGACAUUACGAGAGGGGUAUUCCUGGGUUCCUUCAGGCUUAGCCAGUGAGGAGAUUGAAGAGUACAUGGAACAGUUACCCAAUCACAAAGUACCAAGAUUAGGAUCUCCGGGCGAGAAAUACCGUGACAUUCAACUCAUAUACCAGCUCCCUAAACAAGAUCUCUCAAGUGACUUUUGUAAGAUGUUGGAAGGUCCAAUGGAAGUGAAAGAGUUUAAGGUGUUUAGGGAGUUAAGAGACAACAUUGCCAUGGAUUUGGGAGUCGUAAAACCUGCUCAAAAAACAACAAGCUGCUUCAGCUGUGGUGGUGAGAUAGAGAGAGGGGAGCAGGUUGUCAUAGCAGCAAAACUCAGUGAAGAUGUUUGUUUCCAUCCUGCAUGUUUCACGUGCUCCACGUGUGAAGAACUGCUUGUUGAUAUGACCUACUGCCAGCAUUCCAGAAAACUGUACUGUGAACGACACUAUGCUGAAUUAAUACGACCACGAUGUCCCGCUUGUGAUGAGUUGAUAUUUUCGGCUGAGUACACAAAAGCAAUGGAUCAGAAUUAUCACAAGGAUCACUUGGCUUGCAAGAAUUGUGACAAGAAGUUGAUUGCUUGUCGCUACAUCCUGAAGGAGGAGCAUCCACACUGUAUACCCUGCUACCAACAACUUUUCGCACAUAAUUGUGAAGAAUGCAAGAAACCAAUUGGUCCAGAUUACAAGGAUUUAUCCUAUAAAGACCAUCAUUGGCAUGAGUUUUGCUUCAAAUGUGUUGAAUGCCAGAAGACCCUGGUUGACCAGCCAUUUGCUCCAAAGAAUGAGCAGAUUUUCUGUGCUGAUUGCCAUGACAACAAUUUUGCUGCUAGGUGUGAUGGAUGCACACAACCUUUCAAAGGAGGUAUGAAGAAGUUUGAGUACAAGGGAAAACAGUGGCAUGAGGAAUGUUUCACGUGCAUGGUGUGCAGUGAGCCAAUCAGAAACAAGAGUUUUAUCCCACGUGAUGAGCAAGUUGUCUGUGUUCCUUGCUAUGAGAGAGAUUUCGCACAGAAGUGUACUAAAUGUAGUGGGGUUAUAAACAAAGGAGGUGUGGCCUAUAAGAAUAUGCCAUGGCAUAGAGAGUGUUUUACAUGUACUAAUUGUGAGAAGGAGUUAGCCAAGGAGAAAUUUACAUCGAAAGAUGAAAAACCAUAUUGUGCUGAUUGCUAUGGUGAACUGUUUGCUAAGAAAUGCUGCAGAUGUUCUAAAGCAAUAACUGGGUUUGGAGGAACUAAAUUUAUCUCCUUUGAGGAUCGUCACUGGCAUAGCGACUGUUUCGUCUGCUACAAGUGUGAUGCUUCCAUGGUGGGCCGUGGUUUCCUGGUCAACGAGGGCGACAUCCUGUGUCCAGAAUGCGGAAGGAAUUAGAUAGUCGUGUAACUUAUCUAGGUCAUAAAUCAGUAGAUAGACUAUUUAAUAAUUUUAUAUGACCCACCUGCUCUUUGUUGAAAUACAUGAGGUGUCUGAGAAAAUGUUGCAAAACCUUCAUUUUCGGCCUGAAAAAUAUAAGAUGCUUUUCCUGUGAUUACACCAUUAUAUCAAGGAUAAGACCCAUACAUAGCAUUGAGGAUUUUAGAUACUAUGCUAAUGUUGUUAAAAGUUUUGAAUUAUACUUGAACAAACUGUUGUUUUUUGUUGAGUUUUCCAAUUUGUUUUCAAUUAAAGAUAAAUAGCUGCCUUAUUGAACUAGAGACGUGUGUAGUGUUGGAAAGAAAGCCUUAGAAAAACUAAUGGAAAUUUUACUUUUCAUUCUCCAGUAAAUGAUCUACUUAUUGUUGAAUGUUUUGAAGGCUGUGGAUCAAUAAUGAAAAUCAGCAAUUUCGUUUUGUUCCCUUAUUCUACAUUAUGCAAUUUCGGCAUUCUCCAGUCGGAACGGAUAGCCGCAUACCUGUAUGACUGAUGUGUCUGCAAAUGGCGUAUGAGAAAACAUAAUCAAAUGAAAAUAGCAGAUGUUCAUUAUGGGUUGCUUGCCUGAAAUUCAGUUUGUCUGGCAAUGUCACACAUUAGGUCAUCACUAAAGAUUUCGUUUCUUCUUGUUAAACUGACAAAUAUUUUAUUCCAUUACAAGAAAAGUACUUUAUACAUUUUUAAAUCUUUCGAGUCAUAAAGUACUUUUAAAUGGAGAAUAAAGUUUUAAUAUUUUUUUUGGUUACAUCUGCUGUCAGAAAAUAUUUUUUUAUUUUUUUACAAAAUUGUUUUAUUGUUUACAUGUUUUAAUUAUUUUGUGUGAAACUGUGUUUUAAGGACAGAACUGAGGAGAGAAAUUAUUCAGAAUGAAAACAUUAGUUUCCGGGAAUGGAAAUGAAAUCCAGGUACAUCAUUUAACGGUUAAGAAAAAUGUCUCUUUCGGGUAGAUCUUGGCAUACAUUAUGAUGUACUAUGGCACUGCUGAAACUGAAUGGUAUAGACGUAUAAAUAGCUGAGGUCUUUUUUUAUUUAUAUGAAAAGGCCUUGAAAACAAGUGUAUUUUGUACUUAAAACGGUAAGACCAGCUGAAUUGGACAGUAGUGUGUUGUGGUAACAUGUAGUGAUAACGCAUAUUUGUUCUGUGUUAUACAGAAUCCCAGUUUUAUAACGCAGAACAAACCUGUUACUGCAGUUCUAGCAUAAAAUGUGUAAAAAGAUAAAUAAAUAGAUAUUAUGUGUAUAUCCAUAAGCAUUCAUUUUCUUUGUUUUAAUUAUGCAUCUUAGGGGCCAUUAUGCAUUUAUGUUUCACCAUUGAAUGCACAUAUAUUAAAAGAUGUGUUAACAGCAUGUGAGCUCUUUGUUAACACCUCUUUGCUCUUCUGUUUAAAUGCCCCUUGAAAAUGACGACAACAGGAACAGGAGUUUUAUGCUAGACUGCAACUUACCACAAAAGAAAUAUUAAAGGUAUAAGGCCUGUAUCUUACAGUUGAAUUUUGUUAAAUUUACACUUGUAUGAAAUCAGUUUGAUUAUAUGAAGAUGAUACAAAAGUGUUAACAUGUCUUUCAUUGUUGUUUGAAUCUCUCACUUGUACAUGGGAUAUUAUAUGAUACAAUAAGAGCUAUUAUAUAUGAUAGAUAAUAUUGCAAAUUCAAAUGUAUGUAUCUAAGCUUAUUUGUGGUUACCAUUAGUUAUCAAUAUGGAUGACGUCUCAAGAUGAAUGAUGGUCAUAUUAGAUUUUAAAAUAGUGCAAGAUUAGUGUAGUAUACCUGGUUCUUUUACAUAUUGGAUGAAAAAUCUGAAGAGCCAGUGGUUGCUGGAAAACACUUUUUCAAUUUUUUUGUAUGGAAGCAUUUUGCAAGUCUCCCCAAUGCUUGAGCACACUUGAUUUUUCUGUGUCAGACAAGAACAAUGUUCAGUAUUAUGCUCUUAUUGAUCAUGUAAUAUUCACAUACUUCAGUCAUGUUUUCAUUUACACUAUAUUUAUUUAUUACACAAAUAGUACAGAGUCUAUGAAAGAAGAAAAACUACUGUUUACACACAAUGCAUUUCAGCAGUAGCUAUAUAUAAUAUUAUAUAUAACAUGAAGCAAUAUAUUAAGAAAUGUGUGAAGUUGGACAUAAUUUCCGCACAGCAUGAUAAAUGUGCAUAUUAUUUGACACAGUCAUUAUUCAUUGCGUGAUUUUUAGGCAAAUGGAAUCUUUGAGCAGGAAUCAUUGCUAAGAUAGAUAAAAUUUACAAUUACCCUAGAUUCCUAGUGGUAUAGGUACACUUUUCAUUCAAAUUGCAGAAUAUUAUCAUGUGUCAGAUACAUGAGUAGUGUGUAUAAUGAAUUUUUUUUUUUAAUUUAAGCUGUUGUCAGGCAUUUCAAUUAAAUUAUUUACUUAUGCACAGUUUUAUUAAAGAUGUUAUUUUUUAUUGACUAAGAAAUGGGGUGAUGAUUUAAUAGUCUUAUUCUUAAAGGUAAAAAAAUCUCAAAUUUUUACUGAUUUUGUAAAUACACUGUAUAUAAUAUUUCUAAUUUUUUAUCAUAAUAAAGCUAUUUAAUUAAGACAAUAAAGGCAGUGCUUUGUAAAAAUGAGCAAUACAACCUGCUUGAUUUUUUUACUAUUUUACAUGUCUAAAAUAUAUUAAGGUAGUGACUCCAUAAUGGCAAUCAGCAAUUUAAGGUGAUUAAAUACUUCUUCUCUGUAUGUGAUUCUGACAUUUACCAUUUGUUAUGAAAUGUCUUUAUCACAUACGUCAGAAAGAUGCAAGAAGAUCAUACAAGAUCAGACAGAUGCCGGUAGAGUAUUCAAAAACAGAUGGAUGCCAAAAGAGCAUUCUAGAUCAGAUGGAUGCUGAAAGAGAAUCAGCCGGAUGCCAAAAGAGCAUCAGACAGAUGCCGAAAGAGCAUUCAAAGAUCAGACGGAUGCCGAAAGAGCAUUGAGGAAGAUGCAGCUGCAUUGAUAAUUGCGGAUUGUCAUUAAGAGUUCACUAUGUCGUGCUGGUUUUAUCUAUGCUUGCCAUUUUUAUCACUAUUUCAUGACUUUUAAUGAUAAUUUAUCAAAUUUGUACAUAAUUAGAUAGUGAGAUAGGUGUUCUUAAAUAAUCAAGUUGUUCUUUAUUAAUUGUACAGCAGGGCUGUUGAAGAAUUGCACUAGGUUUUUACGAUAUUUAUUGUUACAGAUGAAGGAUCUGUGUUAAACUUUGUUCUGAGAUGUAGGAAGAAAAUUAUUUUUGAAUGCUGUAUAAAAGAUAGAAUGAUGGAAUGUUUGUGUUGAUGAAUGCAUCACAGGAAGUUGACGUAAAAAAAAGUUAUAAAGAAAAUCUUGGAAUAAAGAAAGUUGUACUUUACAGUGAAGAAAUUAUAUUUUCAUAUUAAAAUUAACUUUUAAAGGUUACCUACAAGUAUUAAAGAUGUAUUUUAGGUGUGUUUCUUUUUUGUUUUGGCUUGAUUUCCAUGUAAUUGGUCAAAAUAUUAUUAAUUUUUCAUCCUAAAGAUUUUGAUUUUAUUUAGUUUUGAUACUGUAUAUAGUAUUUUUUUUUUUCUUCAAAUUUUUAUACACAAACGAUACUAAAUGAUUGUUAAAAAAGUGAAAGUUUUACUGUUAGAUACUUGUGAAAGUGCUGUUUGGCUUACAAGCAUAUAGGAGUGGAAUUUGUGUUCAAUGUAAAUAGAAGGUCUCUAUAAUAUAUAUAUAUAUAUAUAUAAAGGAUGUAUCAAACCUCAGCCCUGAUAAAAUUCUUGGUUGGGAAGGUUAUCUUUAUUGACAGGUUAAAUAAUAUCGAACUUCAUUCGCUUGAACAGGACAGGACCAGCAAAAUUUGUUCGAGUUAUCGGUAGUUCGAGCUAUCGAGCAAAAUAAAUUACAUAUGGACUUUUUUCGGGACCUGACACUGUUAAUGUGAAUUAUUUAAGUUUGAGUCAAUGAAGUUUGACUGUAUACUGCAAAAGUUUAAGGUUGUUCACCCUAAAUAGCUACCUUAACUGUCAAUGAAUGCCACUAUAGCAUAAUAAUGAGAAGAAUACAAUUGCAGGGAAAUUGUUGACAAAUCAUUAUAGGUCCUCCGGUAUAAUUUGGAAAGUGGUGAACUUCAGCAUAAGUUUCAUUGUAUAAAACAGUCUUUAAUGAAGGUUGAUAAACAUUGUUGUCUAUGGUAUUUAUAGGGAUCUUCUGUUUGCAGUGUGAAUUGUUUACAAGUUGUAUUUUAAAUGUUUAUAUGCACUAGUUCUAUGAAAGCAUAUCAGUUCAGUUGUUGAAGUGCAAUAAAAAUAUCCUAUUUGUUUUAUGCUUUCUAUGUCUGUAGGUAGUGCUCUAUUAUAUAUGUCAUUUUCAAAGUGGUUUACUUGUUAAAUCUGGCAGAUUAAAAGAUGUACAAGUUGGCAAAUGGACUGUGUGUUAAGUUUCAGAGUUUUUAAAGAAAUGUCUUUUAAUGAUGAAAAUAUACAUAACAACUAAAAAUGCUUCACUGUUUACAAACUAGGACAAUUUAUUGUUUACUUAACGAUAAUAUUUCAUAUAACUGCAAAACAUUAUCAGGAUGUUUGAAUAUGAUACCAUAGAAUAUAUGUGAAUGGCCUUCAAGGAAGAAGUUUUUUUCAGUAAUUAUGAUAUUACAAAUACAUCUUUCCACAUCUGUUGCUUUGUAUGCAAAUUAAUGGAAAAUCUGACUCAAACUGAUUUGUGAAAUCCUUCAAUAAUCAAUGAUCUUGUCCAUCUUUCAAUUUGGACAGUACCUCUAGCUGUUAAAAGAGGUGCUUACCAAAAAGAUACAGACUGAAUGGCGAACAGUGCAUAUCUUGAUCAGACUGCACGGACGUGCUGGUUGAUCAUGAUCUACACUGGACGCAAAGGCUGAAUCAGUUGUGUCUAGCAUGAUAAGGGUUAACUAAAAGCAGUGUGCCAUUUUUGCAAAAGAAAAGUGUAUUGCAGCUUUUUGCUAAAAAAAUCAAAACAAAUAGGUAGUAUUAGAGACUAAGUGACUGCCAAAAGUUUAUUGAUAGUAACUAAUGAUACUUAGAUUAGUCAAUGUUUUACUGUUAACUGAAUUUUGAGAGUUUUAAAGCAUAUUUAAUUUGUUAUUUUAGUUUAAGCACAUGCUGUUCCCUUCCAGUUAAUUUGUUAUUAGAUUUUACCUGUGUGCUACCAUUGUAUGCCCGAGUGAUAUUACUAUUUUUGUUGAAAAUGUCUUCCGUACUUCCAAUGUUCAUGUUAUGUUUUUCUAUAUUCAUAUUCAUAGACAAAUUUCUCAGCAGAAAGGUGGGUCUAAUUGUUUGAAAUAGUGUAAGUUGCCAACCUGCCAAGUUUCAUCAAAAUCCAGUUUUUACUAUUCCCUACCUGUUGGAAUAUGAAGUUUAUUAUUUCAUUCCAUGCAUGCAGGUAGGUUUCAAUAGAAGAUAAUGGACUUCAUGUUUUACACUAAUUGAUACUAAUUGAGAAGUGAGGCAGCAAUUAUAUUAUGGGAUGUUUAGGCACAUCUUUCUAUAUAUAAUAUAUUUUACUCUCGCUCAACAUGUUAGUCUUUUACAAUUUUGCCUUGUACAAAAUAUCAAGGUACAGGGUUGUUUUGCUGUGCUUCUGACUUGAUAUUGAUACUGUUUACUGCCGAAAAAUGCAAUAUCUGGAAAUCAAAGGGCAAUAAGUGAUGAGUAUAUAUACUAUUGACAUACAGAGUUGUCUUCCUUUAUAUUCAGUAAAAUGAAGAUUUUGGAUAUUCUAACUGUUAUUUCUAUGAUGAUAAUUCUAAAGUCUAACUCAUAGAAGAACUUUUAUUGUAGUAUACUUUUAUUUGUAACGAGUAGAUCUAUUUGUAAUAAGUUAAUUGUAAUUGUUGCAAAUUUAUUCAUAUUUUGUUUGCUGAAAUGCUUUUUUCCCUUGAUGAAUUGAAAUGUUUUAUUUUUGUGCUUUUUACUAGUCUGAUGUGCUUACUAUAAUGCCCAGAAUUAGAUCUGAAUUAGAAAUAAAAUAACAGAAAACGUA